AUGGCGGCGACCGAAAGAGAUGGCAACUCAGUUCCAGAGAUGCUCGUUGGUGACCCAGCGCAGCGAAAUCCUGAAAACAUGGACAAGAACACAUCUCCAAGACCAGUCCACGGAGUCAAGUGGGUCCUUAUCGUCAUCUCUCUCCUGGCGUCCUUUUUGCUCUACGCCCUCGACACCACCAUUGUGGCCACCAUCCAGCCCGCCAUUGUCAACACGUUUGGCCAUGUUGAUCUUGUCCCCUGGCUUAGCGUCGCCUUUGCCCUUGCCUCGGCCGCAAGCACGCUACCCUGGUCCAAGGCAUUUGGCCUCUUCUCUGCCAAAAAGCUGUUCCUCGGUUCAACGGCGCUAUUCAUGGGUGCGUCAGUCCUCUGUGGCGGCGCUCCAGACAUUACUGCCUUCAUUGUUGGUCGUGCCCUUGCAGGUAUUGGCGGUACUGGCAUGUAUAUGGGACUUUUGACCAUCCUUUCGCCUCACUGGCUUCUGGUGGGGCAUCGGCACCGUCUUGGGCCCCGUCAUUGGAGGUGGGCCUUUUACCUUAACCCCUGCGUUGGUGGUGUUGUUGCGCCCAUUUACUUCCUCAUCUUGCCAGACUACCAACCUGUACCUGGUGUGCCGUUGCGCUCGCGCCUCGCCAAGCUAGACCACAUUGGAUUCGUUCUCUCUUCCGGCGUGUUUCUCUGUAUCAUGAUGGCAAUGGAGUUUGGAGGCGUUCUCUGGACUUGGGGCGAUGGCAGGAGCAUUGCUCUAUUCGUACUGUCCGGCGUCUUGCUUGUUCUAUUCUGCGCCAAGCAAACCCUCUCUUUCAUGAUUUCCAAGGAAGAUCGCAUCUUCCCCAUACAUUUCUUCCGCAGCUACGAGAUGGUCAUCCUCUUCAUCACCAUGAUGUUUUCCGCGUUUGGAACAUUCAUCACAAUCUAUUAUCUCCCACUGUACUUCCAGUUUACUCGCGGCGCCACCGCCCUGGAGACGUCGGUGCACAUCUUGCCCUAUAUUCUAUUUCUCUCCACCUGCGUCCUAAUCAACGGACAUUACUUGUCAAAGACUGGAUUUUAUUAUUCAUGGUAUGUCUUUGGCUCUGCACUGCAACUCAUCGGCGGUGCUUUGCUCUAUACCGCCGAUGAGACGACCAGCAACGCCAAAGUCUACGGUUACACGAUUCUUCUCGGAACCGGUGUCGGUUGUUACUGCCAGGCCGGCUUCCCCGUUGCGCAGGUAAAGGUUACCGCCUCCGACAUUGCCUACAGCGUUGGCUUCAUGACUGUAAGCCAAAUGCUUGGUAUUGCCUUCGGUACUGGUAUAUCUGGCGCUGUUUUUGCCAACCAGGCGCAUAGUGGCCUUGAACGCCUUUUCCCCGACGCAUCUGCUGAGCAAAUUUCUGCCGCGGUUGCUGGUGUGGGAAGCGAUCUCAUCAAUAAGGCAAGCAAAGAAACUGCUGCUGCAGCCAUUCACAUUAUCGCUUUGGCAAUCCAGGAUGCAUUUAUCCCUGUCUUUGUCACGGGCGCCAUCUCGUUCCUGUGCAGCUGGGCUAUGAAGAGGGAAAAGCUCUUUCAAGAGAGUGACACGACAGGCCAUUAG